UCCCCCCGUGCCGCCCCAUGGCGCCCCAUGGCCCCGUGUGCCCGCAGGGAGCGGCUGGCGCUGUGCCAGCUCUGGCGCGCCAUUGUCCUGCGCGACGACGGCGCCAUGAGGCUGCGCGCGGCCGAGCUGGGGGUGCAGGCGCAGGACUAUUUCCUCUUCUGCGAGAUCCUGCUGCAGCGGCCGCUGGGGGCGCGGCGCGGGGCGGGCGCGGGGCCGCUGUCGGCGGCGGAGCGCGGGUACCUGCAGGCGAUGGCGGCGCAGCGCUUCCCGCGGGUCCUGCGCGUGCUGCGCGCGCUGCCGCGCCCGAUGCUGCUGGUCUUCCGCAACCUCAACACCGUGCGCAGCCUCCGCGCCCUCGGCGCCCCCGUCGACCGCUACGUGCUCAUGGCCCGCAGCGCCGUGCGCAGCUGGAGCCGCCUCAGCGCGGGGCGGGGCCGGGGCGGGGCCGGGCGGUGGGUGCGGGGCCUCUGGGAGGGGCUGAAGUUCGAGCUGGCCCUCAGGCUGGGCAGUCUCUCCACGCGCCUGGCGGCCUCGCUCCUGCGGCUGCUGGGCUCGUGCGGGCUCGUGCCCCAGGGCCGGCAGCUCGCGCGGCUCCUGCGCGCGUGAGGGGCGGCCCCGCCCCAAUAAACCCCCGCAGGCGGCGCUGGGAGACCCCGCUCUUUACCAAGGGGGGGGGGAGGGGGGGGGGGGGGCACUUGUGGGGCGGGGGGAGGCACUU